CACGAGUUGAGGCGGGGCAGGCAAAAUGGGGACUCCAAAUAUUGUCGGGUGUCCCCGAAUCUCUGUUACUUAAAAGCACAAUUGCACCACUGCGCGAUCCCAAAAUGACUACUCCACGCCGGCCUCCUCCUGCAUACACAGCUCCCACGGACUCGACCGUUCAUGGAACAACGCAGGUCUACAGAAGCAUCUCUGAAACUGCAUCGGACCCCGCCAAACGGGAGCUCGAGAAGUCAUUCACCAUUCGACCAUGCUCAGGUCAGGCUUGGAUAGUGCCCGCUGGGCACAUCUGCCGUCUAACGACGCCGAACGGUCCUCAAGUAGGCGACCUCAACAUCUGGAAUGCCAACAACCCGCGGGAGCGACUAUGGGCAGCGCGCACGCGUCAGAUCCAUGCCUCUCACGUCUCUGUAGGGGACCGACUCUGGUCGAACUUGCCGUACCUGCGCCCCCUCGUGACGAUCACCGGAGAUUCACUCGCUGGCGGGCAGCUACAUGAGGUACUGGAUGUUGACGGGAAGCGGAAAGAGGGCAAGGGUUUCGGCACUUCGCAGUGGGGAGGACGUGUCCACGAUUUGUUGGGGACAAGGUGUGACCCGUACGUCAACCUUUUGAUGGGUGGAGAGUCUUUCGACUUCCAUUGUCACUCGAACCUUACUCGUGCGGUCACGCCGUACGGAUUGACUGAACUGGACGUGCAUGAUGUUCUCAAUGUCUUCCAGGUGACCGGGUUGGAUGAAGAGGGGAGGUACUUCAUGGAGACAUCGCCCGCGAAGCCAGGCGAGUACUUUGAGUUCUUCGCUGAGGUUGAUGUUCUCUGCGCCUUGUCUGCUUGUCCAGGAGGUGACCUCUCGAAUUGGGGCUGGGAUGACAAGGAAGAUAUGGGGGCUACCACCCGUCCCUUGGGGGUGGAAGUCUAUAAGAUCACCGAAGCCAAAGCUUUGGAAGGAUGGAAGGAGCCUCAGAGCCCUAAAUACACCGGAAUGCAUGGCAUGAAAAUGCCCGCAUGCGAAAAUGAUGGAGCUGGCUUUGUUGGCCUGUAAUGGCUCAGGCAGAGGUCAAAUUCGUGUGGUGCGCUGACAGUGAAGUCUCACUAGCAGGAAGCUAGACGUUUAACGACUGAUGUAAAUACG